CGCGCCCUGCAAAGAAAAGAGGGCCAGCGCCGCGGGCAAGAAAUGUUGAACAUGACUAGCAAAAUAAAGCUAAAACUAAAUUUAUGGGAUUAUUAAAGCUGACAAUAAGAAAGGAAUCGCCUCAGAAGCAUCGUAAAAUAUCAGGAGUACGCCAAUUAGAUUGCAGCAAUCAAAGAGCGCUGGACGCUGAUUGGUUGCCUCUACAAACAUGAGAUAAUUAAGAAAAGGAGUUGAUAUUGAACUUGAAUUUUUAAGUUUUAAAGUUUUAAAGUAGAAAUCUGAAUCUAUUUUUGAAAAUAUUGUCUAAAUGACUUAUUUAAUAUAAAUGGCAAAGAGAAAAAUACCGAAAAAAAAUACCAGUUUCAAAUGUUCUUCUCCUUGUCGCACACACCUCUGCAAUCGGGAGCGGUGUCGUUUGUAAACAGUAAACACAUGACUUCACAGUGCAUGCACAUGCAGCAAGAAUUCCGCGUUCCGCCUGAAAUCAUUUGCUUGUUAAUAAUUGCCGACCCAAUCAGGAACUAACUGGGCAAUGAAAAAUAACGCUAAAAAUCUUUUUCGGUAGAGACAUGGAGAGACAUUGCAGAACCAGAAGGAUACGAGAGAUGCAGCCUCCGCAGCUGCCAAGAGUCGGAGAAGCAAAACCUGCCAUUCAAAAGCCACUGUGCAGACUGUGCGAGUGUCCGACGUCGGACGGCCACGUCCUCGCGUCGCAGGUGGACAGGUUCAAGCUGAGGAAAUGGGCCAUGCAGGUCAUGAACCUGACGGAAGAAGACGAAAACCUGCCGGACGUGGUCGAAGAAGACGCUUUGAUCUGCUAUUUUUGCAUCUGGCAGGCAGAGUUUGGGGAUGAGUCUGGAGACGAGGCUGUGGCUUGGUGGCCGAAAAACCUUGAUUUAGAAGAAAACGCAAAGGUGCUUCGCGAGAAUUAUUCAGGUAGGGAAUUUUUAUUAAAAUAA